ACAGUGCUGGAGACCUCUGGAGAAGAUGAUCUGCUGGAUCCUGCAGCUCAUCAUCCUGACCUCCUGUGUCUGUGCAGGAGCAUUUGUAGUGACAGUGACACAGAGCUCCUAUCAGGCAGAGGAGAACCACAACGUCACACUGGAAUGGAGGUUCACACCCAAACCUGACAGCUCCUCCAACUCCCUUUAUAUCUACUGUCAACAGAUCACUGAUCACAAAGCCUCAGCCCUGUAUCAUCUACAGGAGGGUGUUGAGGUCCCAGAGUCUCAGGAUGAACAGUUUUCAGGACGAGUCCAGUGCAACAAAGACGUCCUCAGAGACGGACGACUCACACUUCACGUGUCCAGUCUCAGGACUGAGGACUCAGGCCUGUACCUGUGUGAUGUGAGGACAGAUGAUGGUGUGAGCAAUGACAAAUGUCAACUCACUGUCAUCGCAGCUGCUGAUCCCCCCAAACCUCACAGACCAACUGUGAGCCCACAACCAGAGAGUCGGGGAAGGAUUGGUCUCUAUGCUGGACUGGGACUGGGACUGGGACUGGUACUGGGAUUGGCAGCAGUAUCAGCAGCUCUACAGGUCAAAUUCUGCUUUGCCUCAAGAGCAGAGAGAGAGAGAGAGAGAAAGAGAGAGAGAGAGAGUCACCUCCCUCAGUCAGAAACUUCCUUGACAGAGGGAAAGUACAAACUGCUUGAUCAGUCACAGAAGUUCGUUCAGCAACAGACUCAUUGUUCCACGCUGCACAACAGAGAGACACAGGAAAUCAUUCCUGUAGGUAGAAAUCAUUCUGUAUAACUCUGAACUCUAAAAAAUCACAGACUCAUGUAUACUGUGUAUACUUCAUUAUUAAACCUUUAAACCACAUAUCUCAUGUACAUAAUGCCAAUAUCAAGAUGUCUUUAUGUUUUUCUAUUUUUUAUAUUGUUCUGUUUGACAGUGGAAUAUAUGUAUAUCUUAAGGACGGUAUUGCAAUAUUUUUACUUUUAUUUUCAUUAUACUUUUUUCACUUCAUUUUAUCGUAUUUGUUUUAGAAUCAUUUUUUCUCUUGGUGUACACAUUCUCUGUGCAAUUUUCUUCUUCUAAUUCAUUUUCAAUGGGGAGUUUGUACGUAACCAAAGAAUUUCCCUACGGGGAUUAAUAAAGUUUUUAAAUAAAGUUUGGAGACUGUUUAGAGACCAGUCGUCCUGCACUUUAUGUCGAUUGUUUCCAAUGUUGUAGGAGCCAUGAAUGUAUUAUGUAUUUUUACUAGUAGUAAGGUUAAGGGAUAUUGUAUUUUUUUUUUUGUUUAUUAGGAUAUUGUUCAUGUGAUCAUGUUGAUUGGGGGGAUAGCGGGUCACAUGGUUAUGGGCGUGUACAUUAGUUGAUAUCACCUGUUGGACCUUCUUUUGUUUGAGAGACAGACAGCGGGUGGGACGCCGUAUUUUCUGUUGACCGCUAAUUUUCUUUGAUCACAGAUUAUUUUGGUUAUAUUUUAGAGCACGUUCUCAUGAGUUGAUUAUCUUUUGUUUGUUAAUAAACUGUUAAAUUUA